CACUUGAUAUUGCAAGGUGUGGUACUAGUUUGAAUUGGCUUUGAUUAUCUCGUUCUGUAUUUCCUUAGCUAACAAAUGAAGAGAGACUAUAUACUAAAUGAAUGAUCGACCAUUAAAAGCUACGAUGUUGAACAGUUGGUUGCUUGAUUCAUGUUGUGAAAGCAAAAUCAUGUAUUGUACUUCGAUAUUUCCCCACUACUUAUCUUUUGAUAUCUUGCAGAGGAAUGAGUUAUUUGCAUGAGAAGUAGUUUGUUUCUUUACCUUUCUCUCUAUUAUGUUCUAAUGGAUAUAGUUUUGUUUUUUUAGGUGAUUCUUUAUAUAAUGUCUGAAAACAUGUCUGAAGAGGAAAUGGAAAGAGAAGAUGAAGAAUAUCAUGAAGCCAUUAAGUUACUAUUGAUGGCAAUACAAGCAAUAGUUCAAGUGCUAAAUGCGUUAAUGGUUAUUAUACAUGAUGAUCAUAUUGAACGUCCAUUGGCUCGACGACCUAUUAGUAGAACUGGAUACGAUUAUAUUAACAAGGUAUUGAAUGAGGAUCCUCAAGAAUUUCGAGUGCUAUAUAGGAUGUAUCUGGAUGUUUUCUUAAAGCUAUAUGACGUCCUUACGGAAAAGACGCAUUUGAAGGGUGCAAGAUUUAUUUGUAUUGAAGAAAUGGUUGCUACAUUUCCACUCACUAUUGGUCAAAAUUCUCGAUAUUGCCAAACUCGGGACACAUUUUGGCAGUCACAUUUUACAACAAGCAAAAAUUUCAACAAUGUUUUGAAGGCCUUGAACACAAUUGCACCAGAUUUGAUGGUCCAACCUAGAUCCACGGUGCCUACUAAAAUAAGAGAAAGUACAAGAUUUUACCCUUAUUUUAAGGUUAGUAAUUAGUACUUAUCUUAACCAUGUCCUGAUUAAACUUGUUUCACAAACAUAUUCUUAGCUAUGUAUUGACUCUUAUAAUUAUUUUAGGAUUGUGUUGGAGCUAUUGAUGGAACACAUAUACCAGCAAUGGUAUUGGGACUCGAAGUAGCAAGCUAUCGUGAUCGUCAUGGUAAAAUAUCACAAAAUGUAUUAGUUGCUUGUAACUUUGAUUUGGAAUUCGUAUAUAUUCUUAGCGGAUGGGAGGGUUCAGCUCAUGACUCCAAACUAUUACAUGAUGCUGUAUCAAGGAGGAACGGACUUAAAGUGCCAGAAGGUAAAUUUUUUCUAGUGGAUUGUGGAUUUGCAAAUCGUCGUCAAAUUUUAGCUCUGUUUCAAGGUGUUCGAUAUCAUCUCCAAGAUUUUGCUGGGUUGCACAACUUUCUUCGCAAGGAGUGUUGUUCUGAUGAAUUUCCAAUCGGACUGGAAGAUGAUGAAUCUGAAGAUGAAGAAAAUGAUGAUGAACUAGGUAAUCAAACUCAAGAGCAACAACGACAAAUUGCUAAUGCAUGGAGAGCUGGCAUAGCUACAAAUAUGUGGACAGAUGUUGUGAGUGAUAGCAUUCAAAGAUGAGAAAUAGAGAAUUAAUUGUUUUUA